AUCUGCAAAAUUUCUUCUUUUUUCUUUCGACAACUCAACUACUCACUCAGAGGCUUGGUAAUCUCCGCGCCGCAAGCAAGGCAACCCUAGCCGCCGGCCCGCCGCCAUGGCCUUCCUUGCCGCUGCGUCAGCCCGCACGCCGUUCGCCGUCGCGUCGUCCUCCCGGCGACGCUCCGUCCUCGCCACGGCCGUCAAGGCCACCGCCAGUUCCAAGCAGACCGCUCCACACACCGUCCUCUCCUCCCUCCGCCUCGCCGCCUCCGCGGCCGUCCUCCUCGCCGCCACCACCCCGGCCAUCGCGUGCACCCCUGCGCCGCCCCCUCCUCCCCCGGCACUAACCGUCGCGGUAUCACCCGACGACCCCGUCGCCGACGACUCGUACCCGUUCGAGAAGCUAAUCGUCGAGACCGCCGCGCUCGCCCGCCUUGGCGGCGCGGAGGCCGCCCGGGCCCGCCUCUCCGCCGCCGGAGUCGGCGAGAACCACGCCCGCCUCCUCGCGGCGCAGGCGCUCUUCGUGGACGGCAAGGUGGACGAUGCGAUCGCCGCCUUCGAGGAGCUCGCGCGGGAGGACCCCGGCGACUACCGCCCCCUGUUCUGCCAAUGCGUGCUCUACUCCGUUCUGGGCAGGGCCGCCGAGUCGGAAUCGAUGCUCCAGCGCUGCCGCGAGGUCGCCGGCGAAGAAUUCAGUGCCGAUUUCGCAAUGCCGACCUCGCCGGCCGAUUCGGAGGAGGCGGAAGCGGAGCCGGAGUCGCCGGAGGCAGAGCCACAGAAGCUGUGACUGACCGGAAUGGACGAUGGGAAUAAAGGUAUUCACUUGCUCUUCUUUUGAAGGGUGAUUAGAUGCUGGAUAGUUCCUCCGGCGACACAAAUACAGAGGUAUAUUAAAUGUUAAUGAUUUGAAUGUUCAUUUAGUUCUAGAUUUCAAAGACAUGAUUUUACAUGGCCUUCGAAUAAAAUGAAGCGAUUAUGAGAAUGCCGAUGAGCAGUGAUGAAACAGUUUCUAUGAUGAUCACAUUGCUUAGAACUGGAUCACAUAUGCAGAAUAUACAGAAACACAAUCAUCAUGUAUUGCAGCCACACAUGAAUACAUGAUCAGCAUUUGAGCACUAGCAUGCUUUAUUUUCUUGCAGCCAGAUUUGUUGUCUUGCAACACGUCUUGUUGUCUUGCAGGCCGUGUCUGCUCGCCUGCUAGUGCUCAAAUUCUGAUUCCCAGCUGCAUUACGUUAUGUGACUACUACCGUGUUCUUUAUGUUUAUUGUGAUUUCCUCUCUGUGAAAUCUUAUGUUCCAUU